AUGGGCGAUUCUGAUAUAAUAGUAGAGAUUCAAGAUUUUAAUGUGCAGUUGAAUGAAGAAAUUAACUUGAAUGAUGAUUACAGUUGUGAAUCUGGCAAUGUUUCUACAGAUAAAGACUUCUCUACAGAUCAAGAUUUAGAUGAAGAUACAUUGAUACAAGGUCAGAGUUCUUCUUCUUGUGAUCCUUUACUUGGAUUAAGAAGUCAAAACUUCGAAGACAUAUACAAAGCAUAUAAAUCUUAUGCUAAAGAAGUUGGAUUCGACAUUAGAAGAUCAUCAUCAAAAUACUUGGCAGAAGAAGCAGGUGGUGAACAUCUUGUUGGUCAUACCAAGAAAGACCACUUGAACCAUGUGAAUAAGAUUAAAAUGAAGGCAAUUGAAGGAGGAGAUGCACAAACAUUAAUUGACAGUUUAAAUCAGCAUGGUGUUGAAGAUGAGGAGUUUUUCUUUAGAGUCAAACUAGAUGAAGAAGAGAGGUUGAGUAAUAUAUUCUGGAGAGAUUCAAUGAUGAAGCAAGAUUUCAUGUUAUUUGGGGAUGUAAUGGUAUUUGACACUACGUAUAGGACCAAUAAGUACAAUCUUAUCUGUGCGCCUUUUGUUGGAGUAAACAACCAUAAGAGAAAUGUCAUGUUUGCUUGUGCUUUCAUCUCAAAUGAGCAAACAGAAACAUUUGAGUGGUUAUUUGAUGUUUUCAAGAAAUCUAUGGAGGGUAGAUGUCCUGUGACAUUGUUUACCGAUCAAGAUAAGGCAAUAUCAAAUGGAAUUGAGAAAGUAUUCCCCCUGACAAGACAUAGGUUAUGCAUAUGGCAUUUAUACCAGAAUGCACAGAGUCACCUAGGGAGUUUGAAGUCUGAUAAAACCUUCACUAAAAUGUUUCAAAAGUGCAUGACAGGAUGUGCAAAUAGUGAAGAGUUUGAAAUCUGUUGGAAGAACAUGAUUUCAAACUAUAAACUUGAAAAUAUAACUUGGUUCAACAGAUUGUAUGACUUGAAGGAAAAGUGGUGCAAUGCUUACAACAAAGACUUCUUCUCAGCUGGAAUUUUGUCAUCACAAAGAAGUGAGAGCACAAAUAGUACACUUGGCUUCAACGCAAAGAAAACAACAAGUUUGAAUGAUUUUUAUAAAAUAUUCAAGCAAACAGUUGACAGAUGGAGAAGCAAUGAACAAACCGAUGAAUUCAGAUGCAUAAGAGGCAAGCCUAACUCUGUUUUGAAGAUAAGAGGACUUCUACAGCAUGCAUCUGAGGUAUAUACCUUCAACAUUUUCAGAGAUUUUGAAAUUGAAUUCAAGGAGUCUAUAUCUGUCUCUUUUUCAUCUAUAUAUGAAGAUGAGCAAUUCAAAGCAUAUAAUGUCACUAAUGAUGAUGGGAUGAUAGGAUAUACAGUGUCAUUUUCCACAAAAGAAAGUUUCAUUACUUGUUCAUGCAAAAAAUGGACAAAGUUUGCAAAAAAGAAUUUGUGGGAUAAAGGAGCAUUUGAUUCUGUCAACAACAGUAACAAUUCCAUGUGGAGAAAUCAAAUAAUGAGAAAAUCAUACAAUCUUGUUCUAAGAGCACAAGAUAGUGAAGAGUGCAGGGCAGUUAUAGAGAAUGGAUUGAACAGUAUAACAUUGGAUCUUGAAUCAUUGAUGAUUACAACACAAGCUGUGAAUCAAAUGGAAGAUGUUGCAGUAUCCAGUGCUUGUGCUGAUAAUGUAUUGGAUCCUAAUCGUUCUAACACAAAGGGAAGAAGAAAGAGAAUACAGGGUCAUUAUGAUGUUGGAAAGAAGAGUAAUAAGAAAUCUACUGCAUCAAAUUCAAAACAAUCAAAGGAAUUUGGUACAAAGACACCUAACCCCAUAUUAUUUUAG